AUGUCAUGGCCAUGGUUUUUCCUCAUCAUCUUGAAUCUCGUUUUUGCUGAGACAACACCGGAAAUGCGGUUAGGUCCGGAUGGAGAGGACCUGUCCAAUGAGUGCCAAACGGGCUGCUUGGACUGUACGGGAUGGCUAUGUCACGAAUGGGCCGACCAAUACGAGCCCACCGUCUUUGGCUGUAUCAACAGCUCCACGCCGGCUGAAUCGCGAUGCAAGGCCGGUUGUGCGUCGUGCACGCCGGACAGUUCGUGCACGAUGUGCAGACCCGGAUUGUUGAUGCGCAAUGUUGAUGGAAAGAAUCCGGAAUGCAUCAAGCGCUGCAAUCAACCGUUUGUUGACAUUGCUGGCCGUCGAUCAAAAUUUAGCGAAUCGACGGGUGGUGAACCUCUAUCGCUCUGGGCCCGUGAUCCGGAAGAUCCGAAGCUGUGCCGGUUGUGUAUGGUGCCGGGUUGCGAGAUUUGUGACGAAUGGGCCAGUGAAUGCCAACGCUGCGAGGAGGGCCGUGUUUUGGCAAUUCGACGAUCGACAACCCCAACUGAUGACCCGAUGCAAGCGUUGGAGGAGUGCGUCGAAAACACGACUGUCUCUACGGUUCCGCCAGGCGAAGUUGGCUACUACUACACGGUGCUAAACGGACAGCCAUGGCGGUUGGAUUGUCCCUGGCAAUGUCAGAGUUGCGAAGGAGGCGACGUAUCUGGAAAUGGAUCCUCUUGUACACCCAAUCCGCCGCAAUCACCGACUUGCGACUUCAAAUGCGCCGUCGGGGCCUGUGACCCGCAAAAUCGUCAUCGAUGCGGCGCCUGCCGGAAUUUUAUGGUGGCCACCGCACUUGAAACGUACUGCGUCGACCGGUGCCCCACGGGCUUUGUGGCCGACGAGAAGCGCUACUGCGUGCCGGGUAGCCCAGAUGAUCACGCUACAAACCGAACCGCCGAAGGGCCACAAUCUGGCUACGAUGAAAGCUACACGAGCUCGGACGAGGGUGCUGAGGUGUCCCCCUCCGACUUGCAGUCACCCCACCACCACGAAUGGGACGUGAUGGCCGAGGACGAGCAGGGGCUGCUCAUCUACUGGGGAACCGGCGUUCAUGGCGGCGCGCUGGCAGUGGCGAUUGUUUUGGCGCUUCUUCAAAUACAUUUCCGGAACGUGGUGGUGAUCUACCCCGCGAACCCGCCCAAUUCGUCGAGCCGGGGUGUCGGGAAUUCGGACGACGGCAUCGGCGAGUCGCAGUUUAGCCGGGCUGUCCGGCAGCGCUCCCUGCUGGACUUGUCGAGGGCGGCGGAAAGCCGCUUGGCAGGGUCUUCAGAGGUC